CCAAAUCAAAAUUCUCAAAAGCCGAUUUUGAUAAAAUUCGAUGCUUAACGAAAGGGUUUAAUGGCGACGAGAUUUGAUGUGAAGACGAUCGUCAAGGACAAGAGAUUCUGGGUUGCUUCCUUCCUCAUCGUCUGGGCUGCUGGUCUUCAGGGUCACAUGAUGUGGCUGCAGAAGCAAGAAUCUUUCAAGCAGAAAUUCGGAACAAUCGAUGAAGACGAUCACAAGUGAUCAUGAGUUUAUAUGUCUCUGAAACGGCUUCUUGUUUUUUUUUUUUUUGUAUUUGUGAGUCUUGAGGAUAAUUAUAUUUAUAUGAAAUUUAAUCAUACAUACUCUCUGGGCUCUGGCUACUAUCUCAAAUGAUCAAAUUCCUGAAUUUUCUCGAGUUUUUGAUUAUAAGAAGUUGCUAAAAGCCAUCUCCAUUAGCAAUUAGUUUUUGUUUGCUAGAGAUGUCUCUGUAAUUGUGUUUCAGCUUGAGCUUUGCCUACUGGAGUUUGAGAUGCUUUAAUAUACUUGCUCUCAGUUAGCUGCAAACCGACCAUCUUUCUCGAACAUUCCCUGUGAGAUUUGAACAUCAAAUUUCAGAUACUCGAAAGGCUUGUGAUGAGUCAAAGCAGAAGCUCCUCAAGCUGCUAUUUGAAUGUAGUCUCUGUUGUUUUGAAGAACUUUGAAGAACUCAAGAGCUAGAGCUUGUUUUGUAUUAGUUAUGGACAGUGAAAAUCUAGGUCUAGUGUUGCUUAGAAGAAGUGAGGAUCUUGGAUUGAGAUCUUUAGUAUUUGUUUCACUGCAGUCAACUUUUUGAAGUUUUGAAGCA